UGAAGACGGUAAAUUUUAAGCGGUUAUUUAAAACAGGUAAAUACCUAAUAAAUUUUUUUUUAUUAAUUUUAUAGAAUAUUUUUUGUAAAAGCGAAAUUUUAGUAAUAAUGGAAAGAAGUAUUGAAAAUAUUGUGUCGCAAAUUUUGCAAAGUCCAGAGUUGCGUAGCACACUUGAAAACACAGUAAGAAAUAUACAAAAUCCCAGACCAUCAACCACAUCCUUAUUAAACGUUUCUCCAUCACCAAGAACAUUUAAUUCACCAGCAGAGAUUUUGCACCCAUCAUUGUCUGUUUCCCAGGAAUUACAUAGAGCUUUCCCUAGUAUUAGACCCUCAACAAAUAGUACUCCAGGAAGUUCUAGAAGGGGUAGUAAACGAAAGAGGAAUCCAGAAGUUUAUUUCUGUAAAGAUGUAAUUUUAGUCAAGUGUCCAAAUGAAGAUAAAACCUUAAGAGGGAUAAGCAAAUCUUAUGCAUUUGAAAAAGGGUAUGCUGUGUCAAAUGUAGAAUUUAAUAUUAAUUGGACGUUUGAAGAAACGCUUGCCUUCAUUAAAAUGCUAUUUAACAAACAUUUAGCUGAAGUGGACUGCGAGAUUAUGGUUCCCAUGGGUGGUAGGCUGGUUAGACCAAGUCUGCCACCUGGUAAGGAAUUGGAUGGUAGGUCCCUGAAAUCGAUUUUUUAUCAAAAAACAGUUUAUAUAAGGCCUUCAAUAGCACUUUCUGGUAGUGAUAUUGAAGAUGAAGAAGAAAUGGACUUACCUGAACCAUCCAAUUCUGAACAGGACGUGAUGAAUGAUAAUAUAACUGACGAUUAUGAUAAUUUGUUCAAAACCGAUUUAGAAUUAGCAAUAAAAAACAGCCUUAAUGAGGUAAAUGAUAAACAGGAGAAAACAUUGAAAGACAUUAUUCAAGAUUUGAAGGAUAAGAUUAAUGAUGACCGAAUAACUCAAAUUAAUGUUUAUAGAGAAGAUAUAUUUAAUUGCUGCCUAAGAGCAAUUAAUAGAAAAUCAUUUAAUCCAUUUAAUAAAAUUUCUUGUAAAUUUAGCGACAUCGAAGGUCGUUCUGAAGAGGCGGUUGAUUUAGGAGGCCCCUCACGAGAGGUAUUUCGCCUAGUAAUUGAAUAUCUACAAAACAGUAGGCUUUUUUUUGGUGAUAAAAAAAAAUCAAUUCAGUUGGAUCAAGAAUCAAUGGAAAAAGGUCAUUAUUUAGGCGCAGGUCGUUUAAUAUCAUUAUCCCUUAUUCAUGGAGGGCCUGUACCCCAUUUUUUUACGGAAAGUCUUUUUUCUCUUUUAACUUCGGGACCUGCAGACAAUGUUCCUAAUGUAGACGAUUUGGAGGAGGAUAUAAAAAAAAAAGUUUUGAAAUUAAAUGAAAUAGAAGAUAUUAACGUGCUCCAAGAUUAUGUGACAGAAGAACCUAUAUUUGCGAUAGCAGGUUGUCAUUUUAUAAAAAGUAUGGAAGAGAAGCAAACGGUAUUUAGAGACAUUGUACAAUUUUACGGUUUUCACCGAGUUCGACCUGCGUUGAAGCAACUAAAAAAUGGGCUAGAAACAGGAAAUGUGCUGAAUUUGAUGAAAAAGUAUCCAGAGGUUUUUAAAAAAGUUAUGUGUGGAGACAAAAUUGAACUCACUGCCGAUUUCAUGCAGAAUUUGUUUUCGGUAGAGUUUUCGGAAAUUGGGAGUUCAAAACGAUUGAUCGAAAACAGAAUUAUAUCAUUUUGGCGUGACUUCAUCUUAGACUGCAGUGGUAUGUAUAGCAAGUUUUAUUUUUCUAUUGUUUAUAUCUAGUUUUAUGUAGAGGAGAAUAGCGAAGUCGACUUGCAAAAAAUUUUAAUAUUUUGCACUGGUGCCGAUGAACUGCCACCACUAGGGUUCCAUGAGGUACCAAAAAUAAUGUUCCUUCAUGAUGAAAACGUCUACCCAAGAUCCAACACAUGUGCGUUACAGUUGCAUCUUCCAACUGUUCAGAAAACGUACGCGGAUUUUAGCAAAGAUGUCAAGUUUGGUAUUGGCAAUGCAGACCAAUUUGGUUUUGCUUAAUAUUUUAAUACUUAAGUACAUUUUUUAUUUUUAAAUUAUCA